CCCAGAUCCCGCGCUGUGACUUUCCCCAGCACCCCGGCGCAACCCUCGGCAACCAUGCUGCGCUGGCUGCGGGGCUUCGUGCUGCCCACCGCGGCCUGCCAGGACGCGGACGUGCCCGCGCGCUACGAGACCCUCUUCCGGACGCUGGACCGCAACGGGGACGGCGUGGUGGACAUCCGCGAGCUUCAGGAGGGGCUCAGCAACCUGGGCCUCCCGCUGGGCAAGGACGCCGAGGAGAAAAUUUUUGAUACUGGAGAUACCAACAAAGAUGGGAAGCUGGAUUUUGAAGAAUUUUCGAAGUACCUCAAAGACCAUGAGAAAAAAAUGAAAUUGGCCUUUAAAACUUUGGACAGAAAUAAUGAUGGAAAAAUUGAGGCAUCAGAAGUUGUCCAGUCUCUCAAGACCCUGGGUGUAAAUAUUUCUGAACAACAAGCACAAUUGAUUCUAGAAAGUAUUGAUGCCGAUGGGACAAUGACAGUGGAUUGGAAUGAAUGGAGGGACUACUUCUUAUUUAAUCCUGCUUCAGACAUCCAGGAAAUUAUUCGUUUCUGGAAACAUUCUACAGGGAUUGACAUAGGGGACAGUUUAACUAUUCCUGAUGAGUUCACAGAAGAAGAGAAGAAGUCGGGGCAAUGGUGGCGGCAGCUGUUGUCUGGAGGCAUUGCUGGGGCUGUCUCUCGAACAAGCACUGCCCCUCUAGAUCGCUUGAAGGUCAUGAUGCAGGUUCAUGGUUCAAAAUCAAUGAACAUAUUUGGUGGCUUUCGCCAGAUGGUAAAAGAAGGAGGUGUUCGUUCCCUUUGGAGAGGAAAUGGCAUAAAUGUCAUUAAAAUUGCUCCAGAGACAGCUGUGAAGUUCUGGGCAUACGAACAGUACAAGAAGUUGCUUACUGAGGAAGGACAGCAAGUGAGAACUUUGGAGAGAUUUAUCUCUGGUUCUAUGGCUGGAGCUACAGCACAGACGUUUAUCUAUCCCAUGGAGGUUUUGAAAACCCGGCUAGCAGUUGGCAAAACCGGGCAAUAUUAUGGAAUAUAUGAUUGUGCCAAGAAGAUUUUGAAACGUGAAGGCAUUGGGGCUUUUUACAAAGGUUAUGUUCCCAAUUUGCUAGGCAUCAUACCUUAUGCAGGUAUUGAUCUUGCUGUGUAUGAGCUCUUGAAGUCAUACUGGCUGGAUAAUUUUGCAGAAGACUCUGUCAACCCAGGGGUCAUGGUAUUGCUGAGCUGUGGGGCCUUGUCCAGUACCUGUGGGCAGCUGGCCAGCUAUCCUUUGUCUCUGGUGAGGACUCGAAUGCAGGCUCAAGCCAUGGUGGAAGAAACUGAGCAGUUGAGCAUGAUGGGCCUCUUUCGCCGAAUCAUUUCCAAAGAAGGCGUGCCAGGGCUCUAUAGGGGCAUUACCCCAAACUUCAUGAAGGUCCUUCCUGCCGUAGGCAUCAGUUACGUGGUGUAUGAAAACAUGAAGCAGACGUUAGGCGUCACCCAGAAAUGACAAGUUGAAAUUUCUGCUUUGGCACGAUGAGUGGAAACUUCCACAUUCUCUGCACUGACUUCGAGAACUGCAGCAAGACCAGGAUCAAAGCAGCUGCGUAUUAUUUUCUUUUGUACAAAAGGGAAGUGUCUUAUUAGCGAUCAUUUCAAAGCAGUUGGGCUCAAUUUUAUAUACUCAGCAAUUUUUUAAAUCAUAGUUUUAUAUAUACGUUUUGGAAAAAACCCAUAAAACUGCACUUUUCCGAUGAGUCCUUCUAUAGAUUAGUGCCUGGAAGUAUAAACCUAAAAAUGUACUCGUGUAAACUGUAUUUGUUUUUGUGUGGUAGAAUUACCAUUCACUGAUCUCUAUAUUCUGGUUGGUUCAAAUUUAUGCCAAUUCUUUGAUAUACAAAUGUCUUUUUUAAAGAUUAGCGCAAUGAUCAGAAAAUCUUGAGAGUGAACUUAUUUUAUACAUUUUAAAUGUCUUAAUAGACUUCUUAAAAUUUCCUGAGAACCACUAAUUAAAAAUCAGUGUAUUUAAAAUAUACUUUAUAACAGCUAUGUAAGUAUAGAGUUUAUAUUCUUGUCUUUCUAUAAGCAGGGCAGGGACGGACACAAGGGCAAAUUUAUACAGAGCAACAAUGAGAUAUUUAUUUCAGUGUAGUCAUUUUUCCUUUUUACUUCCAUUGUUAUUUGGUUCCUGGAGCUGAACACUGAUGGCCUUAUAUUACUGUUAAAUGAUCAGCAUGAGAAAACUUAAGUGUAAGAUUCUGUUAUUCUGCCAUUGCUUGGAAACGUUUUGCUUGAAGCAAACCUCUUUUACUUGCACCUGUGUUGGAAUUACAUCCUUUCGUUAGUCCUUUGUUUCCUACUUUUUGAAUCAGAUUCUGUUUUAAGCAAGAAGGCUUCUUGGGACCAUUUGUUGUCAUCUGAACUUCCUCUCCUAUUGACAUGAAGUGUUGAUCAUGGGUGAAUGGUACACUGAUUUCUUCUUCCUUGCUGAAUUGUUUCGAACCUUCCAUUCUGGAUUUGAGCAGCAGAAAGCUGAGAAAAGUACAUAUCAAUAGUAAUAAUACUAGUCCUAUACAUUAAAUACCUAUAUUUAAAUUUGUAAAUCAUACAUUAUCCACAUUUUCACUUGUCUCAAGUUUUAGGGACACAAUAGAAUCCUUAAUUUAUGAUAGUGGUAGCAUUCAUAAGCCUUUUUUGUGAUCAACUCUUUUUCUUUUCUAAUUUGAGUGCUUAGAACUUAGGAAGGUAUUUAUUAAUUGGAGUUGUUUUUUUAAAAAAUUGGUUUGCAGACUCAUUUGAUUUUUUUUUAUAGAUGGCCAACAUUUUCAUGAAAAUCUAGUCACAUAAUAGGCACUUGCUUCUUUUGAACCUACCUCUUUUUUAUUUCAAAAGUGAAAUAAACAGAAAAGAUAGUUGUGUGAACCAUAUUCUAUUAUAUGGUUUUGUCUAAGUAAUACAUUACUUAUGCUCAAUACAUGUCUCAAUACUUUUAUACAAGAUUUGAUAAACCUGAGACUCUAUCUUCAGGAUUAUUUGUAAUUUUGGGGAUAAAACACAUAAAAUGACAAUAUUAAAGUACAUGAUUAGUGCUUUCUUUUUUGUAACUCAUAAAAUUAUGGAAAAUAAUAAUUGUGCCAACAUUGUUUUUUUAAUUUCAAGCUGGUGAAAACUAUGAAAACUAUUUGCACUUCAUUAUGAACUGAAAUUGUUCCUCAUAGGUAUGAAUGUGAUUUCACUGUGCCUCUUGUUAUCUUUAAAAAAAAAUCAUCUUGUAUCUUUUGGAAAGAGAAAAGCUUCAAGUUGAAGAUAGCUUAUUUCUUGCAUGAUAGCAUAUUUACUUCUCUUUUAUAUUAAAAAUAUUUGUUUGUAAAA